CGCUCAUCUUGCUGAAUCAAAGUGAUUCCCAAGUCAUUGGCAAAGCCUUUGAGAGCAAUCCAGCCAUCUUUCUCACCGAUGCACUUUCAGAUUCACAAAGCCGACCUUCUGGAUGAUGAACAUGGUGCGAUCAGGAACGCGACCUUCUGGCACACCCUUUGCAGUCAACGUAUUGGCCAACCACUGUUUCACAUCAGCAUCACGACCACCUCCUGUGAGGCCAAUCUGGUGAACGCACAAAACAUGAUUCCAGAGGAAUGAAUUGGCACAUGUUCAUCAGGCACCUGAUUUUUGCAGCGAAUCACGAAAUAACCACAAGGCCACUAAUUUCUCGUGCUGCGCAAAAAGAUGCGCUUGGCGAAAGCACAAAAGCGGAUGCACAUUGUAGAUACCAACUGGCUCAACUACGGCUUUACACGGUAAUUUGGGGAAAGAAAGAGAACAGAGGGAUGGAGAAACGUAGGAAUGAAGGAGCGAAGGGAAACGAAAGAAAGCUGAGGAACGCGCAAGAGAAGGAGAACGUGAUGUGAUUGGCGGAGUAUCGUCAUUUUAUGGGUAGAGCGGCCAGCUUGUUUGAUUGCAGAGACCAGGACAUGAUGCAGGAAUUUGUCGCGCGAGCCACCUUGCCGUUGGUGACUGCUUUGCCCCAUGGGCUGCUGGGUUUCAAGGGCCUUGAAGGUGGUGGUGCCGCGCUAGUCUUGUGCGCUGCUGCGCAGAGUCGGGGCUUCCUUGAGGUGGCGACGAUAUACCAUCAAACAUUGAAAGCAUUCCACGCCUCUACCUGCCCUGAACUUGGCCCAGGUGAUCACAUCCUGAGCUAUUCUCCUCCAUCACUUCAGUGGACCGCGGUGCCUGGUCGAGCCAAAGCCGCUGUAGCCUUUGCUGGCUCUCAGGCCGUGGCCAACGACACAGAAUUGGUCAAUUGGGUGGAGCAGCACCAAUAUCCUGGCAUCACUGCCCUGACGAUCCAAACAGUUCAUCCCUGGCUGAACGCUGGCCGUUCUACUGUGCUGGUAGCUGUGAAGCUUAAGGAUUAUGAGACAAAUACUAUGGUGGAGACGCAGCUCCGGGAGGUGGCCAAGCCAAGAGCGCUGGGAGAGGUGGAGCUUUAUACGUAUGGGCCAUCAGACAGAUAUCUUGGGAUUGCCGAUGGAAGCUUGGAGGGCUUUAACUAUUUUGGUGUGCAGGCUUCCCGUUUGCCUCGCGUUGUUGUUUUUGACGACUCUGACCACUGGGUGGAAGAUGAGCAGUAUCUGACUGUGGAGAGGCUUGCAGAGCAUCUACCUAGGGUGACCGGGAUGUGGAGAAUGAGCAACACAGCACGAGGCCACGUGCUUUGGAUAGCCAAGCAUUUUGUUGGCUUCUACUUGGAUUUGGACCGCAAGGCUGAUGCAUCAUUUGGAAGUGUUGGGCGUUGCUUCGUGGUAUGCCUUUUGGCAGUCUUUCUAUGGGCGCAGGCAAGGGGCAUCCUUUGGCUUGUCAAAGCAGCUAUCAAUAGCUUCUCUGAUGUGUUUGAGAAGGAAGACGUGACGAAAGAGCAAGGGGGUGCAAAAGCGACGAAGAAAGACAAGUAGUGUUUCAACGAGCUAGCAUCUCCUUGACUGAUGCACACAGCUCGUUAGCGAUUCAGACAUGGAAGGUUUCACCCCAAAGUGAUGCGGCAAUGCAGUGACAAAGAGCUUGUUGGAGAGGGCAUUCUCGAUGCCAAUUCGCGUUCAGCAUUCUCAGGUUGCAGAGUCUUUUGGGCAUUUCGAUAUUUUUACUUCUUAAUUCCAUGAAGAGCGAUGCAGAGAUGCGUGAUUCUACAAUCCACA